AUGUUUUCGAGAACUCUACUACCUCGGACCCGCAAUCUGAAUCUGCGGACGGUACUGCUCGUAAUUGUUGCAUGCUUCGUUGCCUAUCGAUUUCUAGGCGUCGGCGCCAAAAGUUCAGAGAAAGGGUCUGGGAUCCUAACCCGAGACAUCACCCUCAACCGUGAUGAGUACGGAAGUAAGUUUUCAACAAGUCUUCUACUCAAAAUCUAUGAGAGUAAGGAACGGAUAGUUUUCAGAAAAGAACGUCCACAUUGUUGUGAUACAAGCCGACUUAAAGCAGUCCCGACAAUACGCUCUGCCACAGGCAACACUGCGGUGCUACAGCGCCUUCCACAACUACACGUUGGCGGCGAUAAAUUUCGCGGAACAUGUGGAAUAUGCGGAGAAAUGUCCGGGAGAAAUUGUAAGCCACCUAUGUUUUAUGAGUUUGAACACACGAUGAAAAUUAUGUGGAUUCGUCGCGUCCUGAAAUUUUCAUUGCAGGAAAUUGUCACAUUUUGCCAACUUUCGACCUAAAAAUCUCGGUUGUUUCUGCAAAGCGCGGGCUAGGAAUCACGCAUAUGCCUUAGAACAAAAUAAUCUAAAUUUGUGCCUAGUUUCAUCAGAAACCGGGGAAUGUCUUCCCCGGCACUAAUAGCUUUUAUUUUUGGAAAAUAUUUGUUGAAUGUCAGGCACGUAUGUCAAAAAACCAUACAGUUAAAAUUUUCACGGGAGCCGGGAGCCGGAGCCGCAAACUUGGCCUCGGCUCCGGCUCUGGGAGCUGUUAUAAAAGCCGAAUUUCUUCCAGUUUGUCUUCCGUCGGCACUGCGCACUCUCCCAUUACAUGGAAAAUCAUCCCGAGGCGGAAUGGCUGCUCUUCCUGGACGCUGACAUAGGUGUUGUAAACCCGAACCAUUUGAUAGAAGAGUACCUCAAACAUGAGAGUGACCUCACGUUUUAUACUCGAGCCUUCAACUACGAAGUGAUGGCUGGAGUCUAUAUUGUCAAGAAUAAUAAUUUUUCAAGACAAUUUUUGAUGAAAUGGAGUAGGUAUGAAGUCCUCCAGCCGAAAGCCGUCCCCGGAAGCGAUAAUGGAGCAAUUCAUGUGAGCCAUUUAAAAAAGAAUUGUUUUUUAGCCGUUAUAGACGUGUGUAUGCUCAUUAUUUUCCCCUGAUAAACCAAAGCAAAGCACGUUCAAAAUGGUUGUUUUUCAGAAAGUCCUCCUUGACGAGUUUGCUUCGAAGGCUUCAAAAUCGGAGGCAUCGGUUUGCCAGCACCUCUGGGAGAAGUCGAAGAAAAUAACGGAUAUUUUCGUCUUCGAAUCCUGCGUCCGCUCGAUCCUGGGCUUCCGAAGUCGGCUGGAAAGCGCGGAAGGAAGCGCCACGAUUCUCUUCAACCAUGGAGAUUAUUUGGCGAGGGAUGGCUGGAUGAGUGGGAAUGCAUGGAGCGAUCAGGACUUCCUUUUCCAUGGAUGGCAAGAAAAGUGAGUCUCUGAGCAAGGUCAUUGCCCAAGUUGUACACGGCCAAAAGACAUUUGCUAUUAGCCUGUCGGGAAAAUAAUGAGUACUGUGUCGCAUCGGAAAUCGUAUCGCCGUUGAGAAAAACAAAUUGUAUCGUGGCAAAAUCGGCGAUUGGCGUAGCGAUAUUGGCACAUUAUUUUCCCGACAGACUGAUAGCAUCUUUAUAAAAUGCAUGGACACAAAUGUCCAUGCACUUUAUGAAAAUUCCAGUAGAUCCCCUAAGGAAGCCAAGGGAGUUUUUAAGCCAAUUUUAUUCCGCAUUACUGACUUGCAGACGUCGCAAUCGGCUCCAUGUUUUCGCAGGAUGGAAGUCACCGUUUGCAGUCGAAAGAUUUCCGACCGACAAAUGCCUGGAAAAAGAUGCCGGAAAAUUUUGGGCUUACCAUGAGAAUAUGUAUCGAACUGGAGACCACGUACCGAACAUACUAACUGAUCUGACAAACGCUGGCUAUAUUGAACACCUCCGACGGUUGGAAGAGGUGGCAAAACAGCGGGUAGAGCUAUUCAAAAACCAUCUCGAUUAGAGAAUUUAUUGACAUGUGUAGUACAUAAAGUAUCACAAUCACGUGUGGUUUAUUGCACUUCUUGCGUAUAAAGGGAAGUUUCUUACGAUUAUCUAUAACCUAUUUGGAUUGGUUUAACAAAUGCUUGUAGUUACAUUUCGUUGAUAAAUAAGAGUUUUACGUCAAUAAACGCUUAAUUUUUUACCUUUCAAAGGUGUGUAAAUACGAUUUUGGCCGAGGGGUUAGGAGAAGUCUUCCACUGUUAUUUCGACGACGUCCUAACUGCUAGUAGGGAUUCAGCAACUCAUCUUCAGGACCUCGAAAAGCUAUUCCAGAACCCCGCGCAGCAAACUUAAAACUUAAGCCUAUGAAAUGCCAAUUUUUUGUGACGAGUUUGAAUUUUUGGGUCAUUGUUUGACCCCUCAGGGUAUAAAAAAAAUAAUAAGAAAGUCAGUGACAUGUUAGCGACUCCAGUUCCAAAAAACCUAAAAGAAUUGGAGCGGGCCAUUGGUUUUUUCAAUUUUUAUCGAAAAUUCGUACAAAAUUUCUCGGAUAUCAUCAAUCCAAUGCGUACGGCUCUAAAAAACACGAGACGAGUCAAUAAGUAACCGGAGACAAACAAUAAAUCAAGCUUUUACAACGAUCAAAGCCCUCUGAAUAAUCAAUUUUUAUGUUGUUUUAUGGCCACGCCAGAAUGUAAAAAAAACUGGUCAAGGACACGCUAGAACAGCUGAGGUGAAAGCUUCUAGCCGCUAUACUCACCGGACACCGCACUUUCAGAUUAACACUCGCUUCAACCAAUGAGACCCGACCUGAGGCAACAACGUUUCGCUGAAUACAAAAAUGUCAAAAAUUGGUCCGAUGACUGAAUUCGUUUUCACUGAUGGUAUAAUAAUUAAAUAAACUUUAAUGUAAUAUUUUUUGUUUUGAUGAAGAUUGUCGACCCAAGAAAACGGCGGAGUCAUACUUUUAGAACUAAUAAAGUAUAGAUAUAAGAAUUAUGUAAUUUGCCGUUUUCCCUGGUUACCCUGUGUAGACUUCAUCUCCGAAUCCCAAACGCAGGGAGUCUCGACAUGUUUUGCGGAGAUAUUCAGAAGGCUUGCUUCAUUAAAAAAGAUAAAAUCAGGAUAUUGAAAGAUUAGAUGUCGUUAAAUUCAAAAAACGACCUGAGGAUCUAAUUGGAAGAUAUUUGUAGACGACUUCUGCGCAAUUUUAAGGGAAUGGAGCUGGAUAUUCAAGGACUUAGAUGUGUUGCUGUCAUUUACGUUGUCUUGUUUCAUUUAUGGCCAAGGACCUUUAAAAAUGGUUAUCUCGGAGUUGACAUGUAGGUUUUGCACUUAAAAUAAAUAGCCAUAGAUGACCGUCUGGCAUGUGUGCCAAAUUUAAAGAAAAUCUGAACAUUCAUGAUGCCUAACCCAAACGAUUUAUUUUGCAGAUUCUUUGUCAUCUCCGGCUACCUUAUGCAUCACAUCCUCAGCUCAAAAGAGCUCUCGUCGCACGCAGUCGCGAAAUUUUACUUCCGCCGCAUCCGACGCAUUGCCCCGCCGUACAUUGUUCUUCUGACUUUGACAGUUGUAGCGGCCAACGUCGUCUUUUCGAUACUAGAAUUCUCUAAAGUUUUGGAUGAAUUACUAGCGGCUGCAACCUUCACCUCCAACAUUUUUAAGCUUCCCGCGCAAGGGUAUUUCGCAAUCAACAAUGAGUACCCUUUGUUUCUGCAUACAUGGUCGUUGUCUGUCGAGUUUCAGUUCUACUUGAUUGUUCCAUUCAUCUACUUGGUGUAUUGCCGGCUACGGGCAAUACAAAGGCAUGUAGCGAUCGGAUUUUUGGUUUGCCUGGCUGCGCUUAGCUUUGCGUAUCAAGUGGCAAAUGGAAGUCGUAGGUUAAUCACGGUUUUCUCAGAGGUUUUUUUAAUUUUCUCAGAGGUCCCAGACGUUAAUUUAAGGCCGAAUUAGCCUAAUUACAACAAAACAACUCUAUAACGAAAGUCUGUUGGGAAAUUAUGAGUACGAUUUCGCUUCAUCAAUUGCGCCGCUGAAGUCAAAAGAAAUUUGGUUUUUCUGCGACACAUUUCAUUUUCUCGGCGGCGAUUUUGAUGCAACUUAGUCCCCAUUAUUUUCCCGAGAGACUAAUAUCGAGAAUAUUAAAAUUUUACCAAAAAAUUCUUUUUUCCAAGUCCCGAAGCGAAAAUAUUAAACGGUAUCGUUGACCCGAAGUGUCGUUGACCCGAGUUGUCGUUGACCCGAGUAGUCGCGACCCGAGUUGUCCCUGACCCGAAAUGUCGUAGCGCCGUUUUGUCGCGCCCCGUACCGUGCAUAAAUACCCUCAAUCUUGCACCGUGCGUUGAAAUAUCGCUCCGACAGAAACAAUUUUUGGCUAACGAUAAGUCGCAGCGUCGGUGCGAAUUUCCGCAGUGCAAAGGUAUAGAAAGAAGUUCAAAAUGCACUGUGAUCCGUUGUCAUUAUUUUACCGAGAGGUUGGAAGAGCGUUGUGAACAGGCAAUUUUUAUAUAUUUUCAGGCAGUACUAACAUCGCGCACAUGAGUCUGCUCUCCCGCAUCUGGCAGUUCCUUUUUGGGUUCCUGGCCAACGCAUUGAAGUCAACGGACAAAAUGGAAACUUAUGCGGAGUUGCCAACUGACGAGCUAGGUGCUGCUCCUUCAGCGAUUAGCCGUAAAAAAGAAGACCACUCACAAAGAGUUGUCAAGACCAUUUUGGCGGUCACAUUGCCCUUCCGCGAGAAAGGUGCUCCUUCAGCGAUUAGACAUCAAAAAGAAGACCAGUCACAAAGAAUUAUCAAGACUAUUUUGGCGAUCACACUGCUCUACCAACUCCUCUAUCCGCUGACUCAUUUGGUAUGGCUCAAUCGACUGAUUUGCAUAUCCACCGCCGCCGCUUUUAUUUGUCUAAAGAGCGGAUCAUGGCUAGAACAACGCUCCCUUGUUUUUGUCGGCGACAUUUCCUACUCGUUGUACUUGAUCCACUGGCCAGUCAUCAUAUUUUGGAAGUUUAUGGGACUAUGGGAAGUCACAGGCCCUACAGUGCAGGGUGAGUAGCCUCAAAGAGUUUGCAAAUAAAAAAGAUCAAUUUCAGAUGGGUUGAUCAUAUUGCAAGGCUCCAUGUUUCUCAGCUACCUCUUCGAAACCGGUUUUAAGAAACUCUUAGCCUCUGUGGACGGCUGGAUUCGGCUUACCAAACUUCUCCUCCUCCUCAAUAUUCUGCUCAUCUCGUCCGCCGCUGUAAUGUAUCUGAGGGUGCCAGAGAGCAGCCGCGACAAAGUUAACGGGUCCAGCAGCGGCCUAAACAUGACUGUUAUGGACCAAACGUUGCAAUUCUACGAGAACCGACACAAAAUGAGCCUCAACCUCAGCCGUGACAAAGUAAUAACCUAUAAUAGUCAAGUCCAACAAUUUAUCAAUGAUUUUAUACACGAAUGCAAUUUGAAAUUGAGAAGGCAGGAUCACCCACCAGAGUUUUCGCGCUCUCUGAUUUCUUGCCAAAUCGAGGUACGUGAAGUGAAUAAAUGCCUGCAGUGUGACUACUACGCCUUUCCAAAAGUCCGUCAACUUAAUGUCGCAAGCUUUUCACUGUGCGGAAAGCACUCUAUCUUUUGCAGUACAAUUCUCCGGCGCAUUUUAUUAUAGUAUCAGUCUGUCGGGAAAAUAACGAGCACUCUCUCACAUUGAAAAUCGCAUUGCCGCCGAUAAAAUUAAUUGUGUUACGACAAAAUCAAAUUGCUUUUAACUUCAGACGCAGCGACACUGUGCUCAUUAUUUUCCCGAUAGAUUUAAAAAAAGGUUAAACAAAAUUUAUCACAUGCGUUUUGCAGGGCACCGGAACAAAAGAAAUCGUAAUUAUCGGGAACAGUUUUGCGCGCGACCUCUUCUACGGUGUUUGGCCGCUAAUGAAACACAAUUUCAAGCGCCUUUCGAUGUACUGUUUAUCGUGCGCAAUUCCAUACGCAAUCGACAAGCAGACUGGUCAACGAAGGCACGACUUCAUCGGGCUGAUAAAGCGCUGGGAUAGGCCGAUUGACAUCUUGAUUGUCAGACAUUCGUAG